UGUCUAGGCCCAUUGUGUGAUGAAGGCAUUCUUUGGCCACUUAUAUAACUUGCCCCCUGAAAGCUUGGUUUUGGUUACUGAAGCAGUUUUUUUUUCUAAUGGCCUCCCCCACAUACUACACAUUUAUGCAUAUAACCACAAUUCGUCCUGUGGCACACACCGCUGAAGUUAAAUUCAUAACAAACGCCACGCACUCCCACAAUUUUUGUUUUGCGAUGAAAUAGCAUCCGAGGACCUUAAUACAUUUGUUGUUAGGCUGACGGGCUGGACGGAGACGAAAUUGCUCGUCAUAUCUCCUCCAACCUAACUCACCAAACGAUUUAAAGGCCGUUCUAACAAUUGAUAUAUAUUUCAAUAGUUCUUGCCCACAUGCUUCUGUGUGUAGAUAGCAACGUAAACUAUGAAGGCAUCUAUCCAUGCCUUAAUGGUAUCUAAUUUGUAUUUUGCCCCCCUCUGUUUGAUGCAAAAAAACACCAUCAACCAAAGAUAUUACUUUGAGUGCUUUCCUGAUGGUUUGUCUCCAUCAGUAUGCCAAAAUAAAAAAAACUCUGAGCCCCAAUUUUUUUCCACUGUAGCCUGGGAGAAAUGGGCCCCUACCGUGUCCCCUUCACUCAGGAGUGGGGAAGGCAUAUUAAAAAUGUCAAUACCUGAGCCUAAAUUUGCAGACAUAGGUCCUCCUCCCAAGACUGAUGGGACUUGCCCCGAUCCCAACAUUAGUUAUUACUGACUCAGCUGUACAUAUUGAAAUUUGAACAGGGGUUAUAAUAUAGAUCCUGUGGUUAUUUAGCUCUGUACAUUACAUUUCGUGUACAUAAUAACAUCGCCAGUCUGUAAACUUCACUUCGUGUGUUACUUAACUUUUAUUUCAGUACCAUGUAUAUAGUUUAUAUAACAUUUUAUAUCCAUGUGUUAAUGUGUAUGGAAAAAUACAUUAAUAAAUAAAAUAACUGUAUUUAAAUACAGUUUCGUAACACACGUUUAUCAUCUUAUUUGUUUUGCACCCCUGUCAUAUAAUCAUGACACAGCCUGUGUUGCGAUCUCAGCAAAUUGAAAACAAUAUUUUAUAUUUGCAUUGUCGUUUUAAUGUAAAAAAAAACUUUUAUUAAACAACAUUUUCAAUGUCAUGACAUUUCAUCGACAUACGUAUAGGUUUUUCCCCUUAGAACUAUCCAUUCAUCGACAUUAUGGUGAUCGUAAACUCUUUUUGAUGUGAACGUUAGAUUCAACAUCUGUGUUAUUAUCUCUUUUGAUAUGCAGUACCGACCGCUCCUCCACAUUUACAGAACUCUCUAGGAGUAAGCAGCUAUCUCCAGCCAGUCUGCUGUCGCUGCAUCUUCUACUAUAAUAAAAAUGGCAUUUCUGAAAUGGGAAGAUUACGUCAUAUUCAUCAUAACACUGGUUUUAUCACUGGGAAUCGGUUUAUUCUACUCUAUACGAGACUCCAAGAAGAAAACUACGCGCUACUUUUUAUUAGGGGAUGGAAAUAUGGCAAUAUUUCCAGUUGCAUUGUCAAUGCUGGUAUCUAUUGAAUCUGGAAUAAUGAUGUUGUCCAUUCCCGCAGAAGUUUAUAUGUAUGGCAUGCAAUGGUAUAUAUCAAUUAUAUCAGUGUUCGUUACAAGUAUGCUGACAAUGCAUCUGAUCAUACCAACGCAGAGGAAGCUUAAUAUUACCAGCUUGAUACAGUAUUUCGAGCUUAGGUAUAAUUCCCAUGGACUGAGAUUGUUUUCUACCAUAAUUCGUUUACUGGCAUAUACAAACUAUCUUGGUAAUGUCGUGUUCAUACCGGCUGUUACUUUGGAAGUAGUGGCUGGAAUUCCCGUAUGGAUCUCAAUAGUCACAUUGAUGGGUGUAGUGGUAGUCUAUACAAUUAUCGGUGGUUUCAAAGCCGUUGUCUGGACUGAUGUGUUUCAAGCCUUUUUCAUGUUUGGUGGCAUGUUCGCAGUUCUAAUUAAGGGUACAAUGGAAGCGGGUGGAAUAGCUAAAACGUGUGCCAUAAUAUCAGAGAAAGGACGGAUCAACCUGCUAAACUUUGAUCCGGAUCCAACUUUACGUCAGUCGUUCUGGAGUUUAGCUGUUGGGGGCAUAGCAACUGGAUUUGAAAUACAGUUUAGCCAGAUGGCCUUUCAAAGGAUUAAGGCAACACCAACGUUGUCAACGACCAAAAGGAUGUUCAUCCUGGCGUCGAUAUUGUCCUUGUUCAUUUCUGGGCUGGCGGUUAUGGAAGGCGCAGUUAUGUUUGCCUAUUAUCAUGCAAAGGGUUGCGAUCCUCUUGAAGCCAAUCAAGUCACGAAUCAAAAUCAGUUAAUGGCGAAAAUGGUAAGGGACAUAUUCCAGGAUAUCCCUUGUCUCCCCGGCUUGUUUUUAGCAUCACUGUUUAGCGCUUCUCUGAGUACAAUGUCAUCGCUAUUGAGUGUUUUGUCCACCAUUUUCUGGGAGGAUAUUGUCAAACGACACACCAAGUCGAUGUCGGAAAAACGAGCAGUAAUGAUUACACAAUCGUCAAUAUUCCUGUUCGGAGGACUGGCUGUAAUUUUUGCUUUCUGUAUAUCUGGAGUUGAAGGACCUGUUUCACGGAUACUCGAUAUAACAGGGAGCUUUCUGUCCGGCACACUUAUCGGAUUGUUUAUACUUGGUUGGUUCGUACCGAGGUCGAAUGCAUUGGGCGCGUUAGUCGGUGGUAUGGUAUCCUGUCUCUUUGUUGGUUGGAUUUCGUUCGGAAAGUUGCUUUCCUCUGGUACGCGAGCCAGCGUCAAGUUAGAGCCUGCUUCAACAGAAUUUUGUCCAGUGCAAAAUAUUUCCUCAUUGACUAAUAAUACAACUUCAUACCAUCACGUGUCAACAACUACCAUAUGGAAAUCUACGGAUUUGACUCUGGAGUCAAACCAAACAUCUAAUUAUCCGUAUGGUCCACAGGGUCUAGACGUACUGUACUCCCUGUCAUAUAAAUGGUUAUUGCCGAUCGCUAUUAUACUUGUUGUGUCAGUUGGAACUGUCUUCAGUCAUCUACAAGCUCAGACACACGUUGAUCCGUCGUUGACCGUACCAGUGUGUGACUAUCUGGCUCGCUGUAUCCCUGCACCGAUCAGAAAGUUAUUCCGGUGUGGAGUAAAGAUUUCUGGAUCAGUCAACGAUAUUGCUGGAGAAGAAAUGGCUGAAGCUUCGAUGGUAUCUACACAAGAGGAUUUAAAUAUAAAGUUAUAAUAUAAAAAUGAUAAACAGAAGCAUACAGAAAUAAGCGUAGCCUGACCGAAUACCGCAUACUUCUUUUUCAUUAUGAUAUAUUUACAUUCUUGAUAUUUGUUCUGUACAUGAAUCUACCAACUGAAAACAACUGCCAUUAGACU